AUGGCUGAAAAUGGCGAGCCGCAAAAAACUCAGCCAGAAGAGCCACAACCGAAACAAGAGGAAGUAAAAGCGCAAGAUUCGCCUGUCGAAAAUGAAAUGAAACAAGAAAUUGUUCAACCAAUUGCAAUUCCAACAGAACAAAAACAAGAUGAUAUAAAUCCACCGCUUGUUGAACAUUCUCCCCGGCCAAGCGUUGCUGAGCCGAUAAAAUCUCGACUAGGUUCUAUAGUUUCUUUUUCACUACCUCCAAAUCAAGAUGGAAAACCACAGCCAAUACUUAUGGAUGAACCAGAGCCAAGUGGAGAACCAAAACAUAUGGUUUCGCCUACAAUGUCACCUGCCAACGAGACUAAUUCAAAAGAAAAACAAGAUAAUCAACCAAAAACUCAAGAUAAUUCAGUUGAUCUUCUUAGAAGAUCUUCAUUUGAUGCUAUUCCAUUCUCUAUGCCUACAGAUAACAUUAAAUUACUACUCUCUGAAGCAUUUGAAAUUUCAAAAUCGCCCGAACCAGAACCAGCUCCACCACCAAAGCCUGAAACUGUUGAGGAACAGAAAGAAAAGCCAGAAGAAGUUGUUCAUAAUGUCACUAGAGAAGAAAGCGCAGAAACUCUUCAACCUCCUUUAUCAAUUUCCCCAGAAAUUCCUCCUGAAGAGUUUCAUCCUGUUUCUCCACAAUCUAAUGAGAACUCACACCUUGAUGUGCCAGCCCAGCCUCCAUGCGAGUCUGAUGAAUUAAAGAAAUCAGCAAGAUCAACAUUUGAAGCUAUUGCAUUUUCAGAUGAUGAAGAGGAAGAUAUGGAAGAGGAGGAAUUACACAACUACGCUGAAGCAUCUAAUCAAACAGAACUACCUGCCGAAGAAACAAUUCAUAUUCCUCUUUCAAUGCAAAUAUCUGAACCUCAGUUCCAUAUAUUCAAUGAUGACGAAGAUGAUGAUUCAAAGUCAGUUGAAAUUCCAACACUCACAGAAGCAGUUGAAGAGAAACUUUACGGCGAAAAAGGAAUAAAAAUUACUAAAAAGUCUCGACAGAAUUCAAAUGCAUCACAAAACUCAAAUCACAGCAUGCAACAAGACUCUGCACGAAGUCAUAAUUCUCAACAAGGCUCGUCAAGAAGUGUUAACUCUCAACAGGAUUCUUCAAGAAGUGUUAACUCUCAAAGAAGUCAAAAUUCUGGAAGAAAUAAUGCUGAAACUGAGCAAAAUGAAGCUAAAACUAAUAAUAGACAACAUCAGAGACCACAUAUUUCUCGUCUUCCACUUGAAAGACUUUCAAAUAUAAGCAGUGCUGCCUCAGAAGAAGCUGUUCAGGAAUUUUCCCAAACAGGACGAAUUCCAAAUUCACCACAUUCUCAACGUAGAGUUGCAAGUCGAAUUUGCCAAGAGAGAGAAGCUGCCAUUGCUAAUCAAGAUUACACAAAAGCUGCUGAAUAUGAUGAUCUUUCCCGUAAAAUGACCGAAGCUGUUGAUAAACAGAAAACAGAACAAUACAGACAUGAACAGCUCGAUAUUUUGCAAGAGAAAUUAGAAUCAGCAAGGAAUGAUCACAAAAUGUUUCUUCAAGACUGGGAUGACAAAAUCAAAGAUGCUGAACAAAUAAUGAAAGACAGAAUUCUAGAGCUUGGAGAAAGACAACAACAAGAACUGGAUGAUUUUGAAGCUUUAUGGAAUAAUGAAGAUUUUUUGAGAAGAUUUUCAAAACCAUCACCAUAUUUAUUGCAACUCAAAGCACAAGAAAGAUCUAUGGUAAUGACUAAAUUAUUUGAUAGAGCGAAAGAAUAUAAGAGAAUGGCUAAAGCUGUUGAAAAGAAUGAUACAGAACAGGCACAGAAAAGAGCAAUGAUUGAAAUGAACUUCCAAAAGAAAACACUAAUAGAAAAGCAAGAUAAAGAAUUGGAAGUUUUGCAAAAAAAGGUUACACAACAAUUAGAUGUUUUGAAAAGACAGAAAGAUGUUGAAGAAGUACCAUACAUUGCAAGGGUUAAGAAACUUGAACAUCUAUAUGAAACAAUGAAGAAUCAGGGUCCAACAGCAAAUAAGAAUCAGAUCCUGAUACAAACCGGUUAUAACACAAAAACUGCUCAAGAAAGAGAAUUGCCUUCUGUUAGGGCAACUCAAAGAAUUCUUUUAUCACGUAAAGAAGGUAUGGCACCAAAACUUACUAUAAAGCCACUCGGCAAGGUUCUGGCGACCGAAAGGAAGAAGAGAACCAUACGAAUCAAAUCUGCUACAUCAUUAAAGUAA